AUGGCAGCCAGCUUAAAGGCAUGUUCAGAACCAAGCCGAAGAGUUAUAUCGUCUUCCAAGCCAACCAAAAAUAUAAAACAGACAACGCAGAGAUCCAAGCCACCCAAAGUUCGAGAGACGUCAGCGCAACUCCAACGCUUCCUCGAUGAGGAAGACGCAGACUACAAGUCUCUUGCCAUUCCAGGGAGCGAGUCUCACCACAAAACUGCCAAAGAAGAGCGCCGCAAGGCUAUCAAUGAGGCAGUUGCACGUGAAUACUGA